AUGGUCGAGCUCGACGGGACGGAGAAGGACAUCGAGGUCGAGGAGGGGCAGACCAUCCUGGACGCGUGCCUGGAGAACGGCAUCGAGACCUCGUACGACUGCAACAUGGGCGUCUGCAUGACGUGCCCCGCCAAGAUGCUCGCUGGCGAGGUGGACCAGGCGGCAGGGAUGUUGUCGGAGGACACGCAGGCGAAGGGGUACGCGCUGCUGUGCGUGGCGACGCCCACGUCGGACUGCAAGGUGCAGAUCAUCCCCGAGGACGAGCUCCUCAACGAGCAGCUGGGGGAGUGA